CCAGGAAAACCAAAUAAGGAAAUGACGUGCUGUCCGUGUGGCGAUGUCCUCAAAUAGAAAGUGAGUGAAACACGCUGAGGAGGACUGCCAGAGGUCCAGCGGACACUAAACCAGGAUGGGGGACGUGGCGGAGGACAAGUCCAGCUUCUACUCCAAUGCGGAGGACUACUGGAAGGAAGUCCCGCCCACCGUUGACGGGAUGCUCGGCGGCUACGGCAGCAUCUCCAGCAUCGACAUCAGCGGCUCCAAGGCUUUCCUCAGGAAGUUUCUCGGGGACGGCGAAGGGAAGACUGGGACGGGCCGCGCGCUGGACUGCGGCGCGGGGAUCGGCCGCAUCAGCAAGCGGCUGCUGCUGCCGCUGUUCCGGACCGUGGACCUGGUGGACGUGACCCAGGAGUUCCUGGACAAGGCCCGGGCGUUCCUGGGCGACGACGCCGAGCGGGUCGGGAACUACUACUGCUGCGGCCUGCAGGAGUUCAUCCCAGAACCGGACCGCUACGACGUCAUCUGGAUCCAGUGGGUCAUCGGUCACCUGACCGACGACCACCUGGUGGCGUUCCUGCGGCGCUGCCAGAAAGCCCUUCGUCCCGCCGGCCUCAUCAUCAUCAAAGACAACGUGUCGUACGAAGGCGUCGUCCCCGACGACGUGGACAGCAGCGUGUGCCGGGACCUGGACAUCGUGCGGCGCCUGGUGGGCCGGGCCGGCCUGCGGGUCGUCCACGAGGAGCAGCAGCUCAACUUCCCCAAGGAGAUCUACCAGGUGCACACGCUGGCCCUCAGGUAGGGGGCGGAGCCUGUUGCCACGGCGUUGCCUGUUGCCACGGCGACACCCUCACCUGGACAGUUUUUAAGCUCCCCUUUUCAGGCCUGAUGUGAACUUUACCACCUCUGAGGCUGACAGAACGGUUCUGGUUCUGGUUCUGAAACAUGAAGCCAGAUACGAGACAAACAGAUUUAUUGAUGGUCAAACCAGAACCACAGGCUCCGGGUCAGAACCAG